UAUAACCGAUCUCCUGAUCGGUGUCUUCUCAAUGCCUGUGACGGCAUACUAUGGUAUCGUAUAUGUAAGCGAUUGGAUAAUGGGAUCAAUUAUAUGUGACAUUCACUACUUCGUGUCCGGGGUCUGUACGGCCUCAUCAUUUCUACACCUCAUGUGUAUAGCCAUCGAUCGGUACCUAUCGGUCACAAGAAUACAGUACUCGAGGAAUAAAUCCUUAACACAUAUAAAGACAAUGAUUUCAUUUUCGUGGACUUUCGCUAUACUUGUCACGUGUUGGCCCGGACUUGGGUUCAGAGAUAAUCAAAUAUUUAUGGAUAGAAUCCGUAAAAACCUAUGUAUACCGUCUGAUAGAAAUGAUCUUGCUAAGAUUGCAGUUCUCAUGCAAUACCUAAUACCAAUUUGCGUAAUUGCACCACUAUAUUAUGGCGUCUAUAAGAAAUCAAUUGAAUUCAAAAAUAAGACUAAACCUAAAGAGACAAAUGAAUUUCAAAGAUACAAACCAUUGGAUAAAAGUGACAAAAUAAUGCGCCGGGAGUUACGAGUAGCAAGGACAUUGGCUAUCAUUACCAUUGUCCAUAUGUUAUGCCUAUUACCAUUUAACAUAUUACUAUUCACAACAGAUAUGAAUGCCAUUGACCACAAGUCUAUGACAGGCUUCCUAUCAGUCAUUUGGUUAGUGUUUUUCAAUUCAACACUCAAUCCAAUACUCUAUGGUUUAUUGAAUAGUGAUUUUCGUAUUGCAUUCAAACGAUUAAUGAAUAUGUCCUAUAAC